CUUCGUGCAACAGCAUGAGCUCCAAGCUUCAAACACAAUCUCAUGCUCAGAAGAGCACUUUAUUUUUCAUCGCGUUAUUUUUUGUAUUGUUUUGAAACAGCUUCGAAUAAGACACACAUAUUUCUGCUUUAAAUUUUUUAAUGGUUUCUAAAUUCAUGGGACAACCAAAGCAAGAAAGCCUCAUGUUUUGGGGAAAAUUUUGACAUCAGCAAUGCCUAGAAAAGAUGCGGCAUCUCAGAAACAGCCUUAAGUGUCCAUCGAUGGAUGAAUGGAUUAGAGAAAAUGUGAGCCAAAGAUGUUUAUCUUGCUCUAUGUUACAAGUUUUGCCAUUUGUGCCAGUGGACAGCCUCGAGGUAAUCAGUUCAAAGGAGAGAGCUACUCCCCAAGAUAUAUCUGUAGCAUUCCUGGCUUACCUGGACCUCCAGGACCCCCUGGAGCAAAUGGUUCCCCUGGGCCCCAUGGUCGGAUCGGCCUUCCAGGACGAGAUGGUAGAGACGGCAGGAAAGGAGAGAAAGGUGAAAAGGGAGCUGCAGGUUUGAGAGGUAAGACUGGACCACUGGGCCUUGCUGGAGAGAAAGGUGACCAAGGAGAGACUGGAAAGAAAGGACCUGUGGGACCAGAGGGAGAAAAAGGGGAAGUAGGUCCAGUUGGACCUCCUGGAGCAAAGGGGGACAGAGGAGAGCAAGGAGACCCAGGGCCGCCUGGAAUUUGUAGAUGUGGAAGCAUCAUGCUCAAAUCUGCCUUUUCUGUUGGCAUCACAACCAGCUACCCAGAAGAAAGGCUACCAAUUAUAUUUAACAAGGUCCUCUUUAAUGAGGGAGAGCACUACAACCCUGCGACUGGGAAGUUCAUCUGUGCCUUCCCAGGAAUCUAUUACUUUUCUUAUGAUAUCACAUUGGCGAAUAAGCAUCUGGCAAUCGGGCUGGUACACAAUGGGCAGUACCGGAUAAAGACCUUUGAUGCCAACACGGGGAACCAUGAUGUGGCUUCGGGAUCCACGGUUAUCUAUCUACAGCCAGAAGACGAAGUCUGGCUGGAGAUCUUCUUCACUGACCAGAAUGGCCUCUUCUCAGACCCAGGUUGGGCAGACAGCUUGUUCUCCGGAUUUCUCUUAUAUGUUGACACAGAUUAUCUAGAUUCCAUAUCAGAAGAUGAUGAGCUGUGAUCGGGACUGAUAUCCUGAAUGUUCCGAGAUUCCUGUGGCAGACACUUUGAUUUAAUCUGGGGCCCUGGAAGGUGGAGCAAGCAGAAAUGAGAUCCAAAGAGACUCCCACUCAGAUUCCAAAGCACUUACAGAGAAUUCUAACAGAAUCUAUUAAAACAAGAUGAACCACCAAAUGGUUGAAACCACACCAAAAUGAAUUCUAUAAAACAAUAAUCCCAGAUAAGAAUCCUCUCCAAAACAAUGUUCAUAAAUAUUUAAACAAAUUAAAGACAAUGUUAACAAAUUUUCUAUUAAACUCCCAGAGUAAUAAAAUCAGCUGGCAAUGAUAUUGUCUCAUUAAAUCUUCAUAAAAUUACAUUUUUGCUUGCUAUUUAGAGAAUCAUAACACCCUAGAAAAAGUCUCUAACAAUUCUCAAAGUCAAAAACUAAAGGUAAGAUAUACUGAAUAAUUUGAGGCAAGCUAGAGUGAAGUGAUAACUUACUUUGUUUUAUUAUUUGUUCCUUCACACUCAUAUAUGUAUUCAUUCAACAACUCUUUAGUAAGCCUGUGUGACCCAGACACUGUGGUACUGGGACAGAUUUAAUAAAGAGUUAAGACAAAAUCUCUACUUCACACAGGCUGGUGUGUGAUGAGCAUACUGUCACAAUUCAGUGAGACCAACACCUGACAAACAGUCUGACUCGAAGCACAUGGGACCUGCUCUUCCUGGAGACGAAGGCCAGAGAAGGUUCCAUACAUGGAAAAAUGCUAAGCAUGCUAAGUUGUGUUUGUUUAGGAGGUGGGAGGGAUACAAAGAAAACAUGAAUUCAGUGGCUCCACUCACCCCAUCUCAUCCUCAAAACACCCCUGGUAUUUGCCAUCGGAAAAGGGUGUUAGAAAACUCAAAGAUAGAGGGGCCUGGGAGGGGUAUCGGAAAUGAAGAGAAACAAGUUACUGAGAUCAGCCAGGAGGUUAUUCUCCUAAGCCUUUAGCUUACAGUUUCCCAAGACAAUUAUUAUUCCUCUUAGCUUGUGUACAAAUGACAGGACUACAUUGUCAGGAGGCAUUUUUUCUCAUGGAUUUCCAGGGUAUUGAAUUCAAGUAAAGUGAAGCAUAGGCCUACUGAUUUAUAGUAAACUGAUGGGAGUGAACAGGAGGAGGAGGGAGAGAGAGACCAGACGUGUGAGCAAAUAAUAGUCCCUUCCAAGCCUCACGGUUCCUGCAGUCCCACCGUCUCUUGGGGUGGGCAUCUUGUUCCCCACAGCAACACAGUUCCUCACUGUUCCAUCUCAGUCAUGAUUCUCUUUAAUCUGCUACUCCCUCAGUCAUAGGAUUCCCUUACUCCCUUCCUUUUAGUGGCUCCUAAUCCUCCUUCCAUGUGUUCUGUCUUGGCUCACUCAUUUAAUAGACAUUUUAAAUGCCUCCUAUGCGUGAGUCACCACAGAGUUCUGUGAAGGUGGAGGAACACUGAGGUGAGUAUGGCACAGCCCCUGCCACCAAAUUUCUAAAGAUAUGAGAAAGGAAAUGACACACAUGCACAUAUACAAAAUACCAAGAGUUCUAGAAAUGAGCAGGCUAAAAUAUGUGAAGUGCUAAACUGAACAUAGAGACAAAUGCUCUGAAAGAACUGCUGAGGGAAGCAGACUUACUCUCAAAUUGAGGGGUGAGAGAGGAGGCUUGGGAAGUCUCCUCUGCCUCCUGGGCCUUCCAGGUAGGUGAGAUGUAAAGUGGCUAAAGUGAGGACAGAGGUAAUAAUGGGGACAAAGCAUGAAAGUAAGAACAAGGACCCAGAAAAGCCUCGAAUGCCAGCCUGACAAAUGUUGACUUCAUUUACAAGGAACCAUGGAGCUCCUGUGUGCUCCAGAGCUGGAUCUGCCAUGAUCAGAGGUGACAUUUAUAGUGAUCACACAGCAGUGUGUGAGGGCAAUGCUUGCUUCUCUCAUCAGCAGACCUAUCUCCCAUCAUCUUCUGCCUGCCAUGCUUUGCCCACUUGCUGCUCUCCUUCUGACUCAGGACAUAAGUCUGGAAGGCCAAGAGCAAUGAAAGUAGAAAGAAGAGAAAACAAAGGUGGUUGGAGAUAGUCACCUGCCUCUAGAUAACAGCUGAGCCUGGAAGGCCAGGCUACAAAGUGCAAAAAAGAGCCAACAGCAGAAGCUCACCUGGGGAACAUGAAAAUAUGGGCCCUUUGAAGACAAUGGGAUUUGCUGGAGAAAAUGGAAAUGGAGGAAUUAUUGCAGACAGUCAUGAUCACAAGAUUAUUGUGUAAUUUAAAUUUUUUUCUGAUCAUGAUCCAUUAAUACAUUCAGUUUGUGGACAUUGUUUACCUAUCUUUUAAAUGUUUCUUUCAUGACAAAGCCUAUUUUGAGUAGCUUUUUUUGUGCUUCUACAACUGGUUCUAGACCCAAAGAUGAAUUUUUAUUUUGAAAUAUCUGGUGGGAUUGUGAUGGGUACCAGAGAGCUAAAAUGGGAAAGGAAGGACU